AUGUGGUGUCUGGAGCGGCUCCUGCGGGACGGGCACGGGCUUCUCCCCGGAAGGGCCCGCCGUGCCAAGACCCGCUCGCCCUCCGCCGCCUGCGCGAACGUGCUCACGCCGGACCGCAUCCCGGAGUUCUGCAUCCCGCCGCGCAUCGAGCCCAGCCUGGCUCUGACGGCUCUCCGGAACUCCUGGGGCGGAGAGGCCGAGCGCGACGAUGGGGCGGGCCGCACCGACUGGGACCCGCGCUCGCAGGCCGCGCUCUCGCUGCCGCACCUGCCGCGCGCGCGCACCGCCUACGGCUUCUGCGCGCUGCUCGAGAGCCCGCACACGCGCCGCAAGGAGUCGCUGCUGCUCGGCGGCCCCGGCGCGCCCCGGCCCCGGGCGCACACCUACUGCGGCGCUGCCGACGCUCCGCUCGCGCCCCGGCCCGCCCCGGCCCCGGCCGCCUCCCCGGACGCGCCCCUCGCCCCGAGGCCCCGCGGGCGCCGCCUCCUGCGCGUCGCCGACGGGCUGCUGAGCCGCGCGCUGCGCGUGCGCGGGGCUCCCCGCCGGGCGCGCGCGCGCUCCGUGCCGAGCGGCCACGAGGACGACGUGCGCGCGCCCGCCCCUCCGCCGGCCGACCCGCGGCCCGAGCGCCUGCAGGCCGAGGGCACCGUGAGUCUGGGUCGCGCCGGCGGCGCCCUGCGCCUGGCCGCCGAGUACAGUCCGGCCAGCGGGCGCCUCCGCAUCCGGCUGCUCCGUCCCGAGGGCCCGGCCGCCGCCCUCGAGCCCCGCGCCGUCGGCUGCCGCCUCAGCCUGGUGCUGCGGCCGCCGGCCGCCGCGCGCCCCCCGCGCGGCCUCGUGCUCGCGCGCAGCCGCAAGGCCUCCUGGGAGCGGGACUGCUGCUUCGACGGGCUGUCGGAGGACGAGGUGCGCCGCCUGGCCGUGCGCGUCAAGGCCGAGAGCAGGGGCCGCGGGCUGGAGCGCAGGCGCGCGCUGGGCCAGGGCGAGCUGCCGCUGGGCGAGCUGCUGCGGCUCUGA